GUAAUAUUCCUGGACGCACGUGAACUGUCCCACGCUCGCUCUCGGCCAAAAUUUGGACGUGCUUGCCAUCUCACUCUCGUCAGACCGCUGGCGUCUUGUCCACCCGCACACAUCACAUCACCUAUUCCCCUCGCCUCUCGCCUACUGGCCAACGACUACUCGUCAUGAACACCGCGCAGGCAUUCCAGAUGUUCCGCUCAUGCAGGAGCACUGUUCCCGUUCGAGGUCCGGCGAGAUCCGCGCUCUCCACCGCGCGCCGGAGAGCAGCCACAGCUGGCGUACGGUACUACUCUGACGACAAGUCGAGUGCAAGCGAGACGUCCGAGGCGAAGGCAGAGAGCAAGGAGGGACAGGGCGAAGCUGCCAGCAGUCCCUCGGCGACGUCGGAAUGCGAGGAGAAGCUGAAGAAGAGGGAGGCCGAAGUCGUUGACCUCACUAGCCGGUUACGGUACCUUCAGGCGGACUACUUGAACCUCCAGCGUAACGCCGCGAGGGAAAAGGAGCAAACCAAGGACUUCGCCAUCUCGCGCUUUGCCUCCGACCUUCUCGAGACCGUCGAUGUCCUUGCGCUCGCGCUAAAAUCCGUUCCUCCAUCCGCCCUCUCCCAGUCCUCCGACGCGUCGUCACCACAGCCGCCCGCUCCCGCAACGCCGGCUGACAAACCAGCGGAGGCCUACCUUACCGAGCUGCAUACCGGAGUAGAGAUGACACAUCGACUGCUCCUGCAGACUCUCUUCAAAUACGGCGUAAAGCCGUUCGACCCGACGGGUGACAAUUUCGACCCGAACCGACAUGAAGCCCUUUACCAGGCCCCGAUACCGGACAAGGAGCCCGGCACUGUAUUCGACACCCAGAAGAUUGGUUAUAUGAUCAAGGACCGUGUCUUGCGUGCAGCCCAGGUUGGUGUUGUCCAGGAUCGGUCAUAGUGGUGAUCGGCGCAGGUGGGAGGUGGGAGGACAUGAUCGUCGUGUUCGUAGUAGUGGGACGAAUGUCAGUAGGACGGGGGC